UUUUAUUUUAUAGGAUUAUGAAGUACUUAAUCGAUUAGGCAAAGGCAGUUUUGCUGAUGUGUAUAGAGCGAAGUGCAAAAGGACAAAGAAAGAAGUUGCAAUCAAAAUGAUUGAUAAAAAGUUAAUGGUUAAGAAAGGUAUGACUGAAAGAGUGAAAAAUGAAGUUAAAAUACACUCACAUCUCAAACACCCAUCCAUCCUUGAAUUGUAUGAUUUUUUUGAAGAUUCGAACUAUGUGUAUUUGAUUUUGGAAUUUUGUCAGAAUGGAGAACUUAAUCGAUACUUAAAACACAGGCAAAAAUCUCUGUCUGAAGAUGAAGUGAGGAUCAUAUUAAAUCAAGUAGUGAAAGGAUUAAUAUAUUUGCACUCAUUUAACAUUGUUCACAGGGACCUCUCACUCUCUAAUAUUUUAUUAACAUCAUCAAUGGAUGCUAAAAUUGCUGAUUUUGGACUGUCAGUGACACUUGACUUGCCAGGUGAUAAGCAUCAUACACUCUGUGGUACUCCUAACUACAUAGCACCAGAGGUAGCAAAGAGAGAAGCUCAUGGGCUUGAGUCAGAUAUUUGGUCAUUGGGCUGUAUGGUGUAUACAAUGUUAGUGGGAACUCCCCCUUUUGAUACAGAUGAUGUGCAGUCUACCUUGGAUAAUGUUGUGAAUGGAGAUUUUGACAUUCCACAGUAUCUCUCUGCUGAGGCUCAAGAUUUAAUAAUAUCACUUUUGAAAAAACAUCCUUCAAAGCGACUGACUUUGCAGCAAGUUCUAUAUCAUUCCUUUACUAAAGGGGUACAACAAGAAAACGUGUUACAGAAAAGAACCUUAUCUCUUACUACACCUGUGAUUGCAACCUAUCGGGGUGACUGCCAGUUUCAUGGUAGUCGUGUAUUAAAGAAUAUUCAACUUGAAGCACCUGCUUCAGUUGAUAGUGGAAAUGUUACUUUAGCAACUAAUUACUCUGGUCCCACUAGUCGCUAUAGCACAAGACGUGGUCCUGUAAAAGCAACAUUUUUUCCUUCAUCUGGCUCUCAUUUGCAGGAAGACCAGUCUCGUAAAGCAACUAGUGGAUUACAUCAUAGGAGAGCUCAUAGUCUGGAGGAUGUGUGUAGAGGCAAUGAUGAGAUUAUGAAGCUUAGUAACUGUUUUUCUGGAGAACAGAGUGUUUCAUUUUCAUUAAAGGACAAUGAUGUUCCUUCGUCUUCUGUUUAUUCUCAAAGAGAUCCUGUUACAUGUAUAUCUAGAAAUAGCUCUUUAGACAGCUCAGUUAGUGAAAGGAGAACUACUGCUAACUCAACCAUGACUUGUACCAGAGUGCCUGCUUUUACAACUAGUCGUCUUCAUCCUAUUAGCCAACAGACACGAUCUGCUUCAGUUAACAUUACUGAUGAUGGUGCUGUUACUAUUCAACAAAUCAAAAGUAAAGAAAUAUUUAAAGUUUCAUCAGAUGGACAGACAAUUGAUAUAAGCACAGUGGAUGAAAGUUCAAAUUCUGUUUCCUACUGUUAUGAAGAACUACCUAAAAAGUAUUGGAAGAAAUAUAAGUUUGCUGCACAGUUUGUGAACCUUGUGAAAUCAAAAACUCCAAAGGUAACAAUGUAUACUGAGUUUGCGAAGUGUUUAUUAAUGGAAAACGAAGAAUUUGAAAUGGUAAUGUAUAAUGGGAAUAAAUAUCAUUUAGGUGGAAAAGCAACAUUAAGGUGUACCAUUUUGCAGGAUGAUAAAUUAACUUCGUCUCUAUCUUUCGAAACAGUUCAAAAUAUACCAGAUGAAUAUCAAGAUAUUUAUGCUUCUGGUAUGAAGUGUAUGAAUAGGUGUAAAGAUGUGGAAACUGCUAUUAGGUCAAUUGAAGAGUCAGAUGAAACUUUAUUACCUAUAAUUAUCAAAAAACGGCCAGUUAAGUGUGUACCUCUGUUUUCCUCCAAUAACACGAGUAGAAAACCUCAAUUGUCUGCUCCAUCGAUUUUACAAUCAUCUUUUAAGGGUUUUCAGACAAAAUUCCUAAGUGAUGCAAACUUAAGAACUGAGGGCACUAGUACAUUAAAGUCGCUCCACUUGACUAAAGUUGGAUGGGCUUUUCUGGCUAAGUCUGGUGACAUAACAGUUCAUUAUAAUGAAGGGGAUCAACUGCAGCUAUCAGCCAAACCUUCUGAUGGUAUAAUUUUUUCAGAUCAUGCUACUGGUAAAACUACCAAGUACAAAAAACAGGAUGAUCUACCACCUAAACUAAUAACAAAAUUAAAAGAGUUUACUUCAAUUUUAGAUGAACUUAAAAGUUGAAGUUUAUUAUUAUUAAUUUUGAUUUUAUUGAAUACUGUAAAUCAGUUUAGCUGUAUAAUUGAGUAGAAUUGAUGACACUUGUA